GCUGAAUUUUCGACCGAUGGAAGCGGUUCGGCGGUGGAUAACAUUCAUUUUCGACAUAUCACAAAAAUCGUCGAAAAAUAUCACAGAAACGAGAAAGUUCCGGCUCACAAGGAUAUAGCUGUCCGAGAAUUUACAAUGAUUGAGAACGAAAUACGCAUUCAAUUUCAUUACAACAAAGGCCAGAGUACUAGAGCCACUUGUACGUUCGUGAAACCAUCAAUAGCAGAUCGGGGAGAUCGUUUGAUCUUCGAUUCCAGUAUGACUCAUGGAUACCACCCGGAUCCGAUGGCACCACCAGAAAAAACCAUCAAUCUUUUUUAUGCUCUCGAUAAACACUUAAAGGAUGAAGAUUAUUCUGUGUCGCGCAUCAGGGAUGCCGAGAGUGACGUUGCAUCAUUCCUGAAAAGAAGAGCUGAUGAGAAUCUAAAUUUACAGCUCACAGUAUCAUUGUACAAUAGAGAUCGGGCGGUCGACAUCGGUGCAGAAGAAUUAGGAACGGAGGAACUGCGAAACUAUUUAAGUCAAAAAGAUUUGGCGCGACAGUUGAAUCCAUUGGGACCAUAUUUGGCACGAAUCGGCAACCCGUCGCGUAUUAGCAAGGCAGGAGCGUAUCUGUUACUCGAUGAAUGUUUGAACGACUUCAAACGGUCGUCCGUUGAGAAAGCGAAUCGUAUUUUAUUCGCCAUUCAAGAGCACGCUGCUGAACUGGAGAAGCUGCAGACCUCGUUGACGCAGAUUUCAGAGUUGUCGAAAGAGGAAGAAGAACAAAUACUUAUAAAGAUCAACGAAAUAGGCUUCGACUUGUAUCUAUUGGAGACUUAUCUCAAUCGGCACAAAGAUUCGACGUCGACAAGGUACAGAAUAUUGGUGGACCGUUUACAGGAGAAUCCGCAUCUACAAUCGCUUGAUACAAAGCACUAA